CUAGACAAAAAGUCAGACAACUUCUUUCUGCAAGAUGAAAAAUGAGAUGGCAGAGUUCAGUGAUUCAGGCAGUGGUCAAAGAGAUUAAUGUGACCAAACUGAGACACUAAACUGACCAGACAUAAUUCACAAACUAGUAUUACUCCAGAUAACAUGACAAAGUGCUCUGGCCCAGGGAGAUCUAUUUUUGAUGUACUGGCAUCUGCACAAGAAAACUGGAAUUAAUAGUCACAUAAUUUGUUUCCCACUCCCACCCCUCUUAAAUGAUUGGACAGGGCUCAUGGGAGAGCACAAGGGCUCAAUGCCAAGGCUGAUGAAAACUGACCCAUUUCAGUUUGCAUGUGACUGGCAAGAUGAAUUUUAGAGAAACUGUGGCAAAAAGCCUCAUGUUUCCACUGAUGAAUGCUCCGCAAUUGAUCUCUCAAGGACAGCAGAUGGGAAACAGAGCGAAGCUUUUAUAACACAGCAAAACAGAGAGGGACAUUUCCAAACCAAAUAAAUAAAAAGAUGAAAGCAUAACAAAGAGCACCUUUAUACAUGUGGGUAACAAAGGGCUACAAGCUCAGCUAGCAAAAUGAAGCGCUUUUUUUUUUCUAUCUUUUUGGAAUUGCCAGCACUGUUACUGGCCAUACAGCAAACAGCACCUCACUACACACAAAGCAAAUUCACACCUGAUCUACAGAGUGACUGCAAGUACAUCGCUGGAAGGAGACAUGAGAUUUUUCUAUCAAUGUAAUGAAAGUGUGAGGUAAAUGCUUUGCACUGGGUUUGAGGCAUUGGUAUACUCCUUUUUCUAACAUUAUGUGGAAAAUAAAUUGAUCUCAUCAGUGUUAAAGGUGUGAUUUAGAGCUGUCCUGAGCGAUGUGUGUCCAACCUUCUUCCAGCAGCUUCAGUCGCAAAACGAGUUAAUUAUUAUUGCUGAAGGCUGGCCACAAGCUAAUACACUGCCUACACAAUUUCUGGACCGAAACUGUUGCUGAGGGAACAGAUGUAUCUUUUCUUGUCUGCAUAAAUCUGAUACAAAGUAAUUAUAUUGGGGUUUACAUCAGCCUAGCUAAAUUGGUUCAUAAUUUAAAUCAAUGGAAGAUGCUAGAAGUGGCCUUCGGUUUCAGAAAUGGCUUGUUCAUGGCUGUGGAGCAGUAGCCUAGGUACGGAAGGCCACUGUACUUGUAAGUGACUGUUGUGAAUUCAAGUCAGGUGAAAACAACACAGGAAUGCUGUCCACAAUUUGCUAAGACUCAUUUGCACAAGGAUAAUAAUAGUUUUCUGAAGUGGCACUGUGUUACUACUGUACCCUUUGUUGGCAGCCAAGAAAUUGUUUGUUGUCCUUUCCCCCUCUCCCCCCCCUCCUGAAAAGCAGGAAUGGUGGUUUCUGCCUGGGAUUACUUGUCUUCUAGAAAAAAUGGUGUCACCUUUCUCUCCUUAGCAGGUGCAGCUGCAAACAUAGUUCCCUAACUGAACUCAGGUAUUUUCCAGGCAAGGUGAAAGGUACAUGGAUGGUACGAGCUGGCAGUUUGCAGGCUAACUCAAUUCUUCUUCCCUCUGGCCAGAAUGCAUGUCAGCGAAGGAGAGAUUUAUUUCCAGAAACCAUGCUGCCUUCAGCUAUUUCAAAUAGCUCUAAAUUAUGUGAAGUAAAAUAAAGGUUGUCAAAUCCAGAAGAAGUUCUCCACUCGCUGUGUGUUUUUCUCUGAGGAAAUGACUGCUUUUUAAUCUGCCAUUCAUCUCAUCCACAUAGGAACACAGUGGAUUUUCAGGUACAUCACUGGAGAAUUUGAACGCAACUUUUGAGAAGAACAUUGUGCUGAAUAGACCCAUAUUAGGUGGGAAUAACCAAGAUUACUCUCCAGGAGGCCAGCAGCACUCCACUCACGUGCCUAACAGCAUUCACAAUACCACGCUCCCCAAGAAGUGUCUGCUGGCUGCACGUGGGACUCUCCCUUUUCUUUGUAAGGGAAGUCUGCCAUGUCAAAGGUGGACUGGAGUUUAACAGACUUUCAGACAAAACUCUUUCACUGGAUAUGGGAGGAAUCAGCCUUGGCAGUGCUGUGGAUGCUCAGAAGCGCCCUACAGAAGUAUCGCUUCUAGAACCACCACGCGCUUAAAUAUUGCUGAGUCUAAACAAACAACCCUAAGAUGUGAUCCUCCUCACUUUUAGGUUCGAAUGAGUGUCAGAUGAAAAAAAAAAAAAAAAUAGGCAAGGCUUUUCAUUACUUCAGUUCAGAAUUCAGAUAAGGACUAUUGUGCCAAUGACAUUUUAUCAUCAUUAUAAGCGUAAAUGGCUAGUUCCAAGGCAGUGUGGACUUAAAUGAUAGUAUUAUAUAUAACCUGACCAGUGAAGUUGCAAAAUAAAAAUGUAUUUUUAAAAAGAGAAAAAAAGAAAAGAGGGCUCUAAUUCCUAUCUGUAGGUAUCCUGCUAUCUGUUAAUACACAGAGUAUGCCUCUGAGAAAGAUGGAUGUGAUGAAGUGGAAUUACUAUUUGGAAGGUGAUAAAAAUUGCAUUAAACAAAUUCUGCAUAUCUAAAUGUACUAAGCAGUUACUUUCAAGAACACGUUAUCAUUUAAGAGUAUGUAUAACAUUUGGGGUUUUAAGUAGUGAAAUUAUUUUUACUAUGAAUUAUUCAUCUCCUGUACUCAUCAUAUAAGGGGGCAGUGACUUCUUUUAUCAACAAAAUGCUUUUUAUUGACACUAAGAACAGCAUUUAAUUGAACCUAUUUCCCCAAUUAUCGUCAGAAAAGAGUUUACACUAGUGUUUUGGAAAAAUGUUUUAGGAAGAUUUAUCAGAGCUGCAAAAAAAGCUGUCCAUGAACUAAUGGAAUUAGAUUAUCUUUGAAUUCUCUCCACCAGAACUUAGAAUGGCCACUAAUUCCUUUCUUUGCUCUUUUGGUGUUUGCGAAGAGGUUCACUAAAGCCUGAAUUGAUAUAAUUAUUGGCUUGGAUUGUUAGAGAUUUAGGCCAGAUGGCUAUGGGUUUCUAAAGUCCCAGUUGCUUGUGUUAGCUUUUCUAGUUUGCCUAUAGGGUUUGGGGAUCAGCAAUUUGAAAGGGCUGCAAACUUGUAAAACAGUAUUAUUCAUGGGGGCAGAAUGUUCAUCAGCGUGACCCAGUACUAAAUACAUUUAUUAUGGGCAUUUCUAUUCUGCACAAUUUGCCACACGGCGCUGGUUUGUGGAAAAAAAAGAAAAAGAAAAAGAAAAAAAAGAGACAAUGGCUUAUAAAAUGCUUUUGAAUGCUUAAAAAGAGGGAGAGUUCACGCUGAGCCUCCUCUGCUUUCUUUUUCAGCAAGAACCUUCUUAGUGACUUUGGCUGAGCUCUGCUGAGAGUAAGUAAAUUGGGAAAAACAGAGAUUUACUUUUCACAUUUUUUGGACAGGCGGGGGGGAAUAUGAGAGAGAAAGGGGAGCAAUAAAAGAGAAAGGGGAGCAAUAAAAGAGAGCGAUGGUAUGAUUAUGGGCAGCACCAAUAAACAAAUGGACAAAGUUAGCAGCAAAAGAAGGGAAAGCACGGCGAGGCAGUGGCUAAAAUGCGAAACUUAAAAAGCAAAGGCAAGAAGGAGGAAACGUGAAUCACAUCCCAGGCAGGCCCGUCUGGAGGGAGACGGCGCAUCGCCGGGAGCUCCCGUAAGGAUCUGUGGCAUUCCUGGUGCGCACAAAGCGCAUCACCGACUCGGUCACAAGGCGAUUUUCUUUUGUGCAAACGGGUUGCAGUGUAAACGUGAAAACAGUUUUCAGCAGUCGCAGGGAGGCAAGGAAUGUGUCACUUCCCCAACACUUAAUCUGCCUUGUGGCUUCUUUUUCUUUAAAACACUUGGCACGUAGAAGGUGCGCUUGGCACAAAUCGUCACGGUGAAGCACGAAGUGCUUUUUCAACCAGGGCGAAAAAGAUCCUCUGGAGAACCGCUGGAAGAGCCCCGUAAAAUGAGCCCAGGCACACGCACGGAGGCAGGGGCACACACAGAAGACCCAGGCUGAGGCAAACGCAGCUGCGCCGAGGACAGAACCGCGGCGAGCGGGAGCCGGGGGAAGGGCAGGGGGGUGCGAAGUGUUCCCGACUUGGCGCGGAGGCGGGAGAGGUGCGGGGCAGCGGAGCGGGCUCCGCGGUGCUGAGCACGGCAGGUAAUAGGUGCGGCAGCGCCAGCAGCCGCUGCUGAGGCACGGUGACAGGGACGUGUGUGUGUGUGUCCCCCGCCCCUUUACUAAGCCGGCGCGCCGAACAGAACCCGGUUAGUUAAGCAAGGGAACCUAAAAGUAUGUCAAUGAGGAGCGCGAUCGCAUUUUUUCGCGGCAGGAAGGGGAGGAAUUAAACCCUCAAAAAGCCGCUCGAAAGUGCUGGGGGGAGGGGGGGCCUUGCACCGAGUUAAAGUUGCCCUUCAGCCGCUGCCCCCCCGCCUCGGCAGGGCGGGCAGGGCCGGCGGAGGAGGAGCCCCCCCCCCCCCCCCGCCCCGCCCGGCGCGCUGGGUGCGGGCGCCGCGGCGGCCCCGGCGGGCGGCGGGCUGAUUGGCUGGGCCGGCGCGGCACAUGCCGGGCCGGGGCUUUGUCUGGGGGGGCUGGGGCGCGGUGGCGGCGGGUUUUAGGCUGGAGCCGCCGAGCGGGGCGCGCAGUCCGGCGGGGCGAGGGGCGGCGAGCGCAGUGCGGCGCGGCGGGAGCGGCGGAGCCCGGCGGCGGAGCCCGGUGGCGGCGGCGGCCCGGCUGGCGGCAGCGGCAGCGGGAGCGGGAGCGGGAGGAGCGCCCUGCCCUGGCCCCGCCAGCGGAGCGGCGAGUCCCAUGAGCGGGCGCGGAUUGCGUGCGGAUGGUAUCUGGAUGUCCCGGCACGGUGUGUAUAUAACCAAGAAAAAAAAAAAAAGUUUUCUGAUCUGGUGAGAGAUUAACGCUCGGCUGGCUAGGAGAGGCGUUUUCAAGUUUGCACGGACCAGAUGCGCGCUGGGGUUAAGGUACCGGAGGAAGUCGAAAUAAUUGCUUUGUAACUUGCUGGGAGAAAUGAAUUGCAGAAACUUACCAAUGCACCGGCUCGGCAGUAAAAUGCACUUUAUAUUCAUUUUUGCACUGAUGAUAAUAUCUUUCAAUAAGGCUGCGCUCGGCAGGAAUUUGAAAUACAGGAUUUAUGAGGAGCAGAGAGUUGGAUCAGUAAUUGCGAGACUGUCGGAGGAUGUAGCUGAUGUUUUAUUAAAAAUGCCUAACCCUUCCUCGGUUCGGUUUCGAGCCAUGCAGAGGGGGAAUUCUCCCUUGCUCGUAGUCCGCGAGGAUAACGGAGAGAUCAGCAUAGGGGCUAAAAUUGAUCGGGAGCAACUCUGCCAGAAAAACUUAAACUGCUCCAUCGAGUUUGAUGUGAUCACUCUGCCCACUGAACAUCUGCAGCUUUUCCAUGUUGAAGUUGAAGUGCUGGAUAUUAACGACAACUCUCCCCAGUUUUCCAGAGCUCUCAUCCCGAUCGAAAUAUCAGAGAGCGCAGCCGUAGGAACCCGGAUCCCUUUGGACAGCGCUUUUGAUCCAGAUGUAGGGGAUAACUCCCUUCACACUUACUCCCUUUCUACAAAUGAUUUUUUUAGCAUUGAGGUGCGAACCAGGACCGAUGGUGCUAAGUAUGCGGAGCUGAUUGUGGUCAGAGAGCUGGACCGGGAGUUGAAGUCAAGUUAUGAACUCCAGCUCACUGCCUCAGAUAAAGGGGUGCCUCAGAGAUCCGGCUCAUCCCUCCUGAAAAUAAGCAUUUCUGAUUCCAAUGACAACAGCCCGGUUUUCGAGCAGCAGUCCUAUAUAAUCCAGCUCCUAGAAAACUCACCCAUCGGGACUUUGCUCAUAGACCUCAAUGCCACUGACCCAGAUGAGGGCGCUAACGGUAAAGUCGUGUACUCCUUCAGUAGUCAUGUUUCUGCCAAAAUUGUAGAGACUUUUAAGAUAGAUUCAGAAAGAGGGCACCUGACCCUCCUGAAGCAAGUGGACUAUGAAGCAACCAAAUCCUAUGAAAUUGAUGCUCAGGCUCAAGAUUUGGGGCCGAAUUCUAUUCCAGCUCAUUGCAAAAUCAUAAUUAAAGUUGUGGAUGUGAAUGACAACAGACCUGAAAUUAACUUAAACCUGAUGUCCCCAGAGAAAGAAGAGAUAGCCUACGUUUCUGAAGGGUCACCCUUGGACACUUUCGUGGCCCUGGUCAGAGUGCAAGACAAGGACUCUGGUAUGAAUGGAGAGAUAGUUUGCAAGCUCCAUGGACAUGGCCACUUUAAACUCCAAAAGACUUAUGAAAAUAACUAUUUAAUCUUGACUAAUGCCACUCUAGAUAGGGAAAAGAGAUCUGAAUACAGCUUGACUGUAAUAGCGGAGGACAAGGGAACGCCAAGUCUUUCCACAGUGAAACACUUUACUGUCCAAAUCAGUGAUGAAAAUGACAACCCUCCCCGCUUCCAGACAAACAGAUACGAAGUUGUUAUCUUGGAAAAUAACUCUCCGGGAGCGUACAUCACGUCAGUCACAGCCACAGACCCAGAUCUAGGUGACAACGGGCAGGUGACGUACACCAUUUUGGAGAGCUAUAUUUUGGGAAGUUCUGUAACAACCUAUGUGACCAUCGAUCCCUCCAAUGGGGCGAUCUAUGCCCUGCGAACCUUUGACCAUGAAGAAGUAAAUCAAAUUGCCUUUGUGGUUCAAGCUAGGGAUGGAGGGAGUCAGCAGCUUGUUAGUAAUACCACGGUUGUACUGACCGUCAUCGACGAAAAUGACAACGCUCCCGUCAUUGUGGGGCCAGUGCUACGCAACAGCACAGCAGAAAUCUCCAUCCCUAAAGAUGCUGGCAUUGGCUUUCUUGUCACCAGGGUAAGGGCCACGGAUAGAGACUCUGGUAUGAACUCUGAGCUCAGCUGCUCCAUAGCAGCUGACAAGGAAAACAGCAUCUUUGUGAUGGAUCCCAAAACUUGUGACAUCUCUAUCAAUGUGAGCAUAGAAUCAGUGCCAGCAAAACAAUGGGAGUUUUUUGUGAUAGUCCAGGAUAAAGGCAGUCCUCAGCUUAGUACUAAAGCACUUCUGAAAUGCACCGUUUUUGAGUAUGUCUAUUCAUUUGCAAGCACAGAAGCAACUUUGGUGAGCCAGCCCUCCCUGGAUGUCUCCAUGAUAACCAUUAUAUCCUUAGGAUCGAUAUGUGCUGUGUUGUUGGUCAUUAUGGUUAUCUUUGCUACAAGAUGUAAUCGGGAGAAGAAGGACACCAGAUCCUACAACUGUCGCGUGGCGGAGUCGACCUACCAGCACCACCCAAAACGACCCUCACGACAGAUCCACAAAGGGGACAUUACGUUAGUGCCAACAGUUAAUGGCACUUUGCCCAUCAGAUCUCACCACAGAGCUUCUCCGUCGCCAUCUCCGACCCUGGAAAGGGGACAGAUGAGCAGCCGGCAGAGCCACCACAGCCACCAAUCGCUGAACAGCCUGGUGACAAUCUCCUCUAACCACGUGCCUGAAAACUUCUCGCUGGAACUCACCCACGCUACUCCGGCUGUUGAGCAGGUUUCUCAGCUUCUCUCGAUGCUCCACCAGGGCCAGUAUCAACCAAGGCCAAGUUUUCGAGGAAACAAGUAUUCCAGAAGCUACAGGUAUGCCCUACAAGAUAUGGAUAAAUUCAGCUUGAAAGACAGUGGCCGAGGUGACAGUGAAGCUGGAGACAGUGAUUAUGAUUUGGGGAGAGAGUCUCCAAUUGACAGACUUCUUGGGGAAGGAUUCAGUGACCUUUUCCUUACAGAUGGGAGAAUUCCUGCAGCGAUGCGACUGUGCACGGAGGAGUGCAGGGUUCUGGGGCACUCUGACCAGUGCUGGAUGCCACCGUUGCCCUCUCCCUCCUCUGACUACAGAAGUAACAUGUUCAUCCCUGGAGAGGAGUUCCAGUCACCCCAGCAGCAGCUGCAGCUGCAGCAGCAGCAGCAGCAGGGCCUUGAGGAAGAUGCGCAGCCUGCUGACGCCAGUGAGAAGAAGAAGAGCUUUUCCACAUUUGGUAAAGACUGCCAGAGCGAGGAGGAUUCAGGGGACACCUGUACCUCCUCUCUCCUUUCUGAAAUGAGCAGUGUCUUCCAGCGCCUGCUGCCUCCCUCGCUAGAUGCCUACGCGGAGUGCAAUGAGAUGGAUCGCUCCAACUCGUUGGAGCGCAGGAAGGGACAUUUGCCAGCCAAGACUGUAAAUUAUCCGCAGGGGGUGGCAGCCUGGGCAGCCAGCACACAUUUCCAAAAUCCUGCCAACAACGGGCCCACUAUGGGGACUCACUCGAGCGCGCAGCCUUCCUCCAAGUGGCUGCCAGCCAUGGAGGAGAUCCCAGAGAAUUACGAGGAAGAUGAUUUUGACAAUGUGCUCAACCACCUCAGUGAUGGUAAACACGAACUCAUGGAUGCCAGUGAGCUGGUGGCAGAAAUUAACAAGCUGCUGCAAGAUGUCCGGCAGAACUAAUUGUUUCAAAAGCCUUUUUUUCCAUAUUUAUGGAAAACUGGAAGGGGGGGGGGGGGGGCGAAAGAAAAGGACAAAAAACAGACUGAGAAGAACUGGCAUUGCCAACUAGUUGCAUUUAUCAUAAAUGUGUCUGUGUAUGUUGAAUAUUAAAAUACUGUAUUUUCAUAUGUACACAAUGCAAGUGUGAUUAUCUUUAUCUGUAUUUUAAAAAUACAUUUGUACCUUAUAUUUAUGUGUAAUUUAACAAAUAAAUUUUAUUUUUGUACACCCACAGCAAGCAUGUUUUCCUAAAUGUAUAUAGAUGGUACCACCCUUGUCAAAUUUACAGCAUUCUUGCCACACGGGCAUGUUAAAAAAAAAAAAAGAAAAAAAAGAAAAAAAGGAGGGAUAUUGCUUUCCCUUAUUUCUUUUAAGUCUCAAAUGUUACAAAUACAAAUGCAAACCACUGAAAAAUUAUGCAAAUGUUAGUUUCAAUAAAUGAUCCAACACCUU